AGUUGAAGUGGUUGCUUAUCAUCGAUCUAUUAUCUUUUCGCAUUCAAACGUGGGACAAGCCACCAUCGAGACGUAUAAAACAACCUGUCUGGCCACCGUUUGUCAGUAGUCUUGUUUCAUUCGAGCGAUGUAAAUUAUCAGUAAAAUUAAAAUCAUGAAAGGAGUUGGUGCAUUGGUGGUGCUCGCUACGUUCGCUGUAGCCGUUCAGGCGCUGGACAUUCCGCUCACCUGCCCGGCAGUGGACGAUAUCUUCAACCCGGUGCACAUUCCACACUUUACCGACUGUACAAAGUUUUACAAGUGUUUCAACGGAGAUAAGUACGAGAUGGACUGUCCCGGCGGUUUGCACUGGAACAUUGAGAAGGAUUACUGUGAUUUCCCGGAGCAGGCAAACUGUGAGCGACCGCUACAAAUCGAUCCGAUAAGUUUGGCUUAGGUCGCAGAAUAAAUCUGAAUGUUGAUUUUUUAAAACGUGGAACUUUUAAUGUUGCCGUCACUGUAGCAAUACAUUUGAAAACCAACGAUUUGAUUUGAUUUGAUUUUGAAGCCGAGCUAAACGCUUCAAUCCAAUCCCAACUCUAGCGCUUAUAAACGCAUCACGUUUGACAGUUCAACGUAGCCACCGAGCAGUCCAACAAAAACACACGAAAACCAAAACAAUACGUACGUGAAAGCUACGGAAAACUGUUCCCUGUUCCCAACGAAUUUGAGUGUGUUGCGAGUGGAAAAAUGUUUCGAAAAGCUAAACAAACUGCCGCUCCCCUUCCGAAACCACCGACCGAAGCGCAAAUGUUGGAAGAUUUGCAACUAUUUCACGAAACCAGACCCGCAGCAAAACACGUUUCACGCGAAAACCUACCCACCCUGACGGAGGAAUCGAGCAUGGACGAUUGGUGGAAAGUGUACGACGCUACGGUGCAACACCACCAACAGUUUAUGGGACUGAAAACGAAUGCACAAGAGCUGAAGAAAACGCUACAGGAAAUGCGCAGUGAACUGCAAACGGUGUGCGAUACAAUUAUGGCGGAAAUCAAUCAAGAUUUGGACCGGUUGAGUGCCACGAUGUCGGAAUAGUUGAAUAACAAUUGGCACACAUUUUAAAUUAGAUUGUUAUCUUUGUGGUUCGGAAUGUUGAACGUACCGGAAUAAAACAAAAAAAUACUACGGGUAUUGUCAUU